AUGGGGAUUCCUGGACUUAUCAAUGCAAUCGGUUCAGGAGAACGCAUUUCCCUGUCCAAAUUGGCCAUAACCCACCUGGAACGCACAGCAAGACCCAUCCGGAUUGCGGUUGACAUUUCAAUAUGGCUCUUCCAGGUGCAAGCUGGCCGAGGCGGUCGGAACCCGGAAUUACGGACGCUAUUCUACCGAUUGCUCAAGUUCCUCGCACUGCCCAUCCAUCCCCUGUUCGUGUAUGACGGGCGGGAGAAGCCCCCUUUUAAAAGGGGCAAGGCGACAGGAGGCAGUUACGGAAAUGCGCCCAUCGUUCGCCUCUCCAAGAUCCUGGUCGAUCUGUUCAAGUUCCCCCGCCACAACGCUCCGGGGGAGGCGGAGGCUGAAUGCGCGCGGCUUCAGCGUGCUGGCGUUGUCGAUUGUGUUAUGAGCAACGAUGUGGAUGCUUUGAUGUUCGGCUCCACGCUGACCAUCAUGAACUUCUCCAAGGAAGGCGGAAGCGGCCCCGCAACGCACGUUACCUGCUAUAACAUGGGCAAUUCCGAUAUCCCGUCUACCGUGUCAGUGGACCGGGCGGGGAUGAUCCUCUUUGCGAUGCUAAGCGGGGGUGACUAUCUCCCGUCUGGAGUGCCGAAAUGCGGCAGCAAGCUUGCCGCAGAGAUCGCCAGGGCGGGUUUUGGAGCGGACCUCAUGGAAGCGGUCGAUUGCGAUGGUCCCGAGGUCGAUGAGCGCUUGAGUGAGUGGAGGGAGAGACUUCAGUACGAACUGGAGGAAAACGAAAGCGGCUACUUCCAGACGAAGCAUAAAGCGGUUAGGAUCCCAGAAACGUUUCCUGAUAAGGCGAUCUUGUCUUACUACGCCAAGCCGGUUGUAUCAACAGACAAUGACAUCGAGCAUUUGCAACGUCGCUUGAUGAAUGCGUGGGAUCAGGAAAUCGAUGUCAUGGAGCUUAGACAAUUCACCGCAGACGCGUUCGAAUGGAACUAUCGCUCUGGAGCCAGAAAAGUGAUAAGGCUGUUGGCCGAGCCUCUUGUUUCCCACCGUCUACGGCUUCAAAGACGGCCUUUUGCUUUUCCCGAUGGACCUAUGUUAUCGAACAACCCAACGCCCAUGUUUCAGAAAGUCUACAAGAGCCGUACGGUCUAUAGCACAGACGGUAUGAGCGAGUUGCAACUUGAUUACAUUCCUAUUGAUAUCGUUGGACUGGAUUUACUCGCCGAGGAACCGAACCCGCCUAUGCCUUCUCAGGAAUCAACGGCCUCCGGAGAUGAAGACGAGACGGACGCCGAAGAAGAGGUCGUUCCUACCACGCCAGCUAGAACACGAGUAACGAAACGAUACGAUCCUUAUGAACCCAGCAAGAUCUGGAUUUUUGAGACGGUGGCCAUGAGAGGUAUUCCUGAAAUUGUGGAAAAGUGGAAGAAGGAACAGGCAGAGAAGGCUUCUGCUGUUAAUAAGCCCCGAAGUCGAAAGACUGGCCCACGCAAGAAGGGCCCCAUCGACCCUGGAAUGAAACGAGGAAGCAUCUUGAAAUAUGGCACCCUGAGGAAAGAGUCAUCCAAUGUAUCGCAAUUCAAGAACGCGCAGCUAUUCGAAGCAGCUGUCUCGGCGACACCUACGAAACACACCUCGUCGCAGUUGACGCCAUACUCUCCACAGUAUAUGGCUAGCCUCGAGUCACCGGUGAUCAAUGAUCUCAAUGCAGGAUUAACCUCCGCAUGCAAUAUCGUUACACCACGCAGUGAUAUCAAACGACAUCCGAUGCUCAGUCAGUCGCGUGCAUCCAGCAGACGGAGAGCUGUGGUUUUUGGGGACGGUGGAGUCGAAGCUGAAAUCGUGGAGAUGCCUUCCCCGUCUAUUUUACGACAAGCCGCUAGCAGGCGUCUAGCUAUGCAUUCGGAUGUGGAAGCAGGGACGGAUUUUCUAGAGGUUCCUUCACCGUCUGUUUCGCGAAAAAUCCGGAUGAGCUAUUCGAAUGCUAGCUGCGCUACGGAUGACGUGGACUUCACCAACCCGUCGCCUACACUCAAGAGGUCAAGCCGCCGAAACACAGCAAAGGCUCAAAUGGAUGAUUUGCGGGACAUCCUAUCACCGAUGAAGCUGAAGGAUGGCGCAAGUCAGUUAGAAAGAGAUCCCUCCCCUUCCCCUGUGGCACCUACCACGAAACGGAAAUCACAACGGCUCGCGCGCAAAGCACAUGCUGAGUCUAACACUAUGGAGGAAUCCGGAGAGACCAGUCCACCUCGAAUCCAGGAUCUCCUGGAAGCAGCUGCCCUGGAUAUGCGCUCGCUGCAUAAACGUUGGAGUAAGAAGACGCCGCCGCCGACCAUCGAUCUUUGCGAAGAGAAUACACCAAUCGAAGAGGACAUCAAAGAAGCGCCAAAGACCCCGGUCAAGAAGCCUGGCAGCCGCAAAACCAAGAGCCAGGAGACUUCCUCACAUAUGAGAUCUGUCGUCGUAAACGACGGAUACUGGACCACUGAGAGCACCCCAGAACCGGAUCGCGAGCUGGACUCGAGAGAAUCGGAUACCGUCAACAGAGCAGUGGAUGGCAGAUCAGCGAGACGCGGUGGAAGGAAGAAGAUCCCGCGCGUGAGCAUCGUAGAUCUGACCGAAUCGUGA